UACGGUGAAUCGGCCUUACAGAAGUGAGAGCUUCAAGGACCCGAUUGCCGCAUUUCACUGCAGCUUGCUUCUUGAAAAGCUUAAGACUUCACUCCAUCAGUAAACCAGCACCAACCACCAGAGAUCCAUCUUGCAUUGUGCAUUCACCUGUUGUAAAGGCAGCCCUUCUCUUAGGGAUGGAGGAUUAGGCCCUUAGAGACCAGUGCACCUGUUCUGUGUGGCUAUGUGGAUGGCGGCAUUGGUGCUGGGGGAGACAUCUUGAGACAUUGUUGACAUUAUUUGACUGAGGAUUACGUACGACACAUCCCACUGUGACUGAGUAACUCCUGGCCCAACCUUUGCACCCAUGACAGUUUUUUUUAAGAGAGAACCGAAAGUUUUUGGCACAUAAUUGAUCUUAAACUGUGUUGAACACACAACAAUCAGCAUGCCUGCUUUGCCGUUGAGGAACAAGCCAGAAAUUCAUAGCGAUGCAGUAAACUUAAAGGCCCGAGGAACUGCAGUGGAUGGAAACCUUGGUUCAUCCGAGCUAAGUCUCAACAACCAUGGACCUUCGCAAGGGGAUGCUGGCGAUGGCCAUGAUGGACCAUUGAUAAGUCCUAGUUUUGCAUCACAAUCCGGAACAAACUUACAGCAGUCAAUUAAAACUGGCUUUGACUCUUACCAGUCACCAGUUCCCAAGACUGGCCAGGCAUCUCAAGAAGAGUUAGCUGACGAGGAUGGGUUCUCUCUGCUUCUCAGUAGUUCCUCAUCCAGCCAGAGUUUUGGCAGGAUGAAACGAGCGCAUCCAGGAACACUGUCAGAGAAGAAAUUGUCAGUCAUAUCUGUCAGAGAUUCGGAACUGGAUCUCAUUGGUCUAGCACAGGACUAUAAGCCAAGUGGUGAUGGAACUUUAAAUGGAACUUUAAAUGGAACUUUAAAUAUUAAUAGCAUUGGAAAGGAGAAAAGUCACACUGAGCUAAGUAAAUCUCUUGAGACAUCCACAGACAUCAAAGAACCGAUUUUGUCGACUGCAUUUGGUAAUAAGAUUUCCCAUUCAGAACUUCCACUUAAAAGUGAAGCAGCUCGGAGCAACAACGCCCAUUCAUUUCCCUCAGAGAAAUCAGAUUUUGGGACUCGAACAAGUGGUGAUGCUGGCCAGUUGCCCAGUUCCAGCUCUCCCCACCCCAGCACCAGACAGCGGUCAAGGCAGUGCUGUGGGGGUCAUGCUAGACCAGCCAUUCAAAGAACAGAAAAGCAGCAACAAGGCCAAGGACUUGUCACAGAAAAUCACAUUCAAGUUAAUACAUCCCCAAAGAUUUUGGAUCCUUCCAAGCUCCACUUGCCCAGCACCAGUGAGCAUGCAGAAUCACCAUCAGCUGAUUCCUCUGUGGACUCUUCCAUUUCUCAGAAGGAUAAUCUCAAGAAUCACCAGGGAGGAGGAUUGUUUAAAAUUCUUCUGAAAGAGGGCAAGGAAGAUAUGGAAAUGCUGUUGGAUAAUGAAAAUAAGGCAGACAAGAAAAUACAAGAAGAUAACACAGUGACUAUGGUAACCAGUGAGACAUCUGGAGAAGAACUGACACCCAGGCCUCCCUCUGCUGACCAGCAACCGGCACCGAAGAAGAGGCGCAAAGCUAGCGGCCGGAGAGCCCUCUGUGCUGACCCUUUUGCCAAGCUCCCUAGGGUGAAACUGCGGCCGUUUGUCUGGGCCGAAGACUCAGAGGAUGAGAUGCCAUGUGAGGCCAUUCGGCGGAGACGGAAAGCAUCGACGAGGAAUUCUCCAAAGUUGGUUGAUCGACGUGCGAGGCAAUUUGACGAUCCUUUCAAGGAGCUGGCAUUUGUGGUGUUUGACAGCGCCGACGUGGACUGUGAUAAGAGACUGAGAAGGGCUGAGUUUGCUUCUAUUUUGAAAUCCCCAUCUCUGGAUCUAGAACUGUCCACGGAAGACAUCAGGAGGCUGGAGAAAGAUUGUAGCAAGGGCAGAAAAGACAUCAGGGAUUUACCAGUGUCAUUUGAUGAGUUUCUUCCUUUGGCAAGACAUCUGCUGAUGUUAUACUUCAACAAACAGGAUUCCAAUUCAAGGAAUCCAUGGAGCAUACUAGAUAGAGGCCGGGUUUCCCCACCGUACUACUUCAAUAAACACACAGGGCAAGUCAGUGCCGAUAGACCCCUGGACUAUGACCAUCAGCCUGAACUCCACCUCUUUGAGAAGGCUCUUCAAGAUGCCUUUGAGAUAGCAGACAUGGACAAAGAUGGCAAGAUUCAUCUCAAUGAUUUCAUUAGAAUUGUCAACUCGGAAGACUUUGGUCUUAUUCUCACCAAGAAUGACAUCGCUGAAAUUACCAAGCACUUCAAAAAUGAGGCUGGGAAAGUUGGCAAAGUUUGCUAUGCAGAGUUUCUACCCCUCGCCAAGCGGCUCAUAGUGGCUGUGUUCUCUGCAAGAUCUUCACUUGAGGAUGAGUGGAGCUUUCUCCACACCAGACAUGUAGGUGCCUUCUGGUUCAAUAAGAGGACAGGUCAGAGUUUCCGGCAUCCCCCCAAUCAUAUUGUCACCAUGCAGCAACAGCAGCUCCGACACAGAAAACAGGAGGUUCAAGCUCUUGUCAAAACGUCAGAAGAACUCAAGGUCACGAAGGCCAAACUGGAAGAGGAGACAACUCUCAGAAAGGACUUUGAGGAGAAGUACACGUCCCUUAGUUCCGAGCAUGCUAUCGCAUCCAGGGAACUACAGAAGAUAACAAGGCUGUAUGACAAAUGCAGGAUAGAGAGUGAAAAGAGGAGCAUUCUUUUGGAUGCCAAUGAGAAGGAGAAGGCCAAGCUACUGCACAAAAUCGAGCAAUUGGAGCAAAGAGUUGCUGAUGCAGAGAGAACAGAAACAAACCUGGAAUCCAUGCGAGAUGUGCUCAAAAACUGCCAGGGAGCUCUACGGGAACACGAGCUAGACAUCAAGAGCCUACAGGCCAAGAUUGAGGACCUGAACAAACAGCUGAGUGAGUCGGAAGCCAGGGUGGAGGAUGGACAGGGGGUCAUUGCCGACCUUCACCGACAGCUCAGGGAAGAGAUCAAACGCAAUGAAAAGAUGGAGACGGAAUUGAAGAAGGUGCCAGACAUAAAAAAGGAAUUGCAAGAGGAGAAGGAAUCACUUCAGCUCUGCCAAAAACGACUAGAAGAGAGGAAUGCCGUCCUGACGUUAACCCGACAGGUCAAUCGGGAGAACAAGGCCAAGAUCAAGACACUAGAGGAGGAGCUCACCAAACUCCCGGCCGUCGAGGGGGAGCUGGAGAUGGCACAGUGUGAGAUCUACACGCUCAAGCAGCUGCUCGUGGGCAAGGACAGCCUUGUGGCCCAGAAGUCACAGGAGCUGGACAGCGUGAAGGGGAGGCUGGAGCUAGACCAGGGGAAGGCAGGAGGAGCGGGGUCAGGGGACAGGACAAGAGGGCGGGGGUUGAGGAAUGGUUACUCAGCCAACGGGGUCAACUUUAGGGUGGUUCGACUUCAGAAAAGGUCAUCAAAGGGUAUGCAGGUUGGACCUCUUUCUAAGGAAAACAAGUCAACGCACAACUCAAGCCAAAUAGAUGUAAGCACACCUCCAUAUGACAGCAGCAGCAGUAGCAGCCAAUCAGAUUCAAAGCACCAGAAAUCGAAUAAUCACCUGCUGUCUGAAAGACCAGCCAGCGAAGACACCAUCAUAACAUCCAUGAACACUUCAAAUGGAGGAUUUCUGAGACUGCUCCAAAAACAGGGCAGUGCCGAACAGGACAUGCCCACGAUAUACGACUUGUAUACCCCUGAGGGUUCCUACAUGCCCACCGCCAAUUCUUCCAGCCCUGCUCUGAAGAAUGGAGCACACCCAAGGCCCAAGUCCUCCAUGGCUAGACUAGGGGCCGAGGAAUCUUCCGUUAUGCAGAAGGGGACGUUGAUGUUUGAGGAUGACUUUCUGGUGGCACAGUUCCUGCAGGUUGGGGACAGGGUCCGCAUCAAGAAGAAAGGUGGUAAGCAUGGAGGUGCCAUUCAGUCUGGCAUUGUGAAGUUCAUAGGCAAAGUGGACAAGGAGUACAACCACAAUGACCACAGGCUAUAUGCAGGCAUCAGGCUGGAUGAAGCAGUGGGUGACACUGAUGGCGUAAUUAAAGGCAAGCGAUACUUUACUGUCAACCCUCGACAUGGCAAACUGGUGCCCAUCACUAAUGUGAUCUCAGUGCUAAACACCAAGACAUCAACCUACAAAUCCAUCUCGGAAUCCAUCCGGGCGCAGCGGUUGGAGACGGGAACGGCACAAUACGAGAAAGAUAGAAAUCCACAGCUCAUCAGGGUCAAGUGAAUAAUUGUCUUUCUGCUAAGACUAGUGUGCCUUCUAAGUCUUUGAGGUGCAUUCAAUCCUACCUGGAUGUGGACCAGUCCUUACCCAUAUUCUGCAGGUUAACCACCUUUGUUGUCAUGGCAAAGCUUUCAAAGAAUCCUUUCAUAAAAAUGAAUUACUUUAACUUUUGAAAGACUGUCGUCCACCAAUAUUUUAUUUGUACAUGAUGCUUGUAAACUUCUAAAAAUUUCAGUACUUGAGGCAUGUCCAUGUUUGAUCCCAAUAUUAGGUAUUUUUAUCUUUUUUCCCCAAAUACCAAAGUGUACAUGUACAUAGAACCAAAGUGUACAUAGAACUGUUUCCUUAUAUAUAUAUAUUUAACAUCUACUCUAAAAUGCUUUAAAAUCUUUAAUGUUCUAGACAAGGGAGCAUUGAAAUUGAUCUGAAAAGUUAGGAUAAAUUAUAAACAGUGAAUGAAUGUUUCCUGGUGUGAUGUUUCCAUUUCAACUUUUCCAUUAAAAUUCUUUGUGGGAUAGGUUGCCUACAAUAUGACAGAUUGAAUGUGUGCCUAGAUCACAAAUCAUGCAGCAGAUGUUUCAUGCAGUGGAAACAUGCUGUUUCCUAGCACAGAAAAGCCAAACAAGAUAAUUUCUGAAGUGUGCAAUUAAUUGAUUUUUCAAACCCUUUACAAUUCCACAAAUGAAAAACUCAACCGAUCAUAACAAAUCACCCACUGAACCAUACAUAAGUUGCUGUACCAUCACCGGCAACGAAGAAAACUCUUGUAAGAAGUCUCUCAACCAGACUAGGACCGUACAUUCAAGCAGAAAUUAACUGCAUGUGCUAAGCAGGGCCUGCAUUAAAUACAAAGCUACCCUAACAUGCAGUGAGUUACCAGCGAACGACCGUUGUUGGGAAGUUCUCUACAAAUAUCGCCGCUGUCAAUUACGGGAAAUCAUCUAUAAAUGACGUAACCCAAAAAGAACUGGCAAAAAUUCUUUCUUUCCUUUUCACCAUUACUGUCCAUUAUCAUCCAUUUGUCAUUUUCAAAGUGAAGCCUCUUUGUGCAUGUAAAUAACAAAAUCUGCCUGUAAAGCUUCCCAUAAUGAGCAAUUACAGCACACUGGAAGUUGUACACUGAUAAAUAUUUCUUAACAAUUUCUAAGAAUAAGUAUUAAUCCUGAAUGUAGCAUACAUAAGCUCCUUUAGAUAGAGCCCAAAUUGGCAAUAAAUUUGAUCACAAUUAUGACAGUCUGACUAAAAUCCUUGAAGCACUAUGUAUGACCACAACAAAAUCCAUGUCAGAAAUACCAUCACAACAACUGCAAAUGUGUCCUGAGAAAUUCUACUGAACAUUCACUAAAUUCCCAAGUCUCAUAGACAAAAUGCAUAGCCCUUAUUCAACCACAUUUUGAAGAGCCAACCUUUCAAGCAAGACAAAGCUUUUUUUUUCACAAUGUGCGACCCUCUAUGAAUUUAAAAUAAAUUUGGGUAAAAAAGACAAAUUGCAAUGCUGGCUUUUAGAAUAAUGAAUUAAAAUCCUGUUUCUGUAACUUUUAGGAAAUUGCUAAAAAUACAGCAAAUUUUAAACACAAAAUUUGAAAAUAGAAAUGAACAAGUUACCAAAAAAGAAAAAUAAAACUUAUCCGAUGGUAGAAAAUAAAUAUUUGUCACACAAUAACAUAAUCCUCAGGAAAAAAACUUUCUGUAAGUUUCUUUUUUGUGUGUGUACAGGAUUUUAUAAGUUUAUAACUGAUGAUUCAGGAAGCCAGAGCUCAGCUCUCAUUACUUGGAGAAAAGUGUCAAAUAACAAAUAUGUGAGACCUGUAAAACUCGUGACUUGGACAGAAAUACUGGAAAUUAAAGAGCUGCAAGAAAAAAAAAA